CUUCCGCCAUCGCAGCCGCGGAGGCCGGCAGUGACCCCGAAUCCACCAGUACCACCCCCCUCGGCCGUCCACCAUUAACAGCCCAAGCCAACCACCCAGCACCUUCUGUGGGUGCGCGCAGGCGCAGUAACGUCCAUUGCGAUGGCUCGGGCGGGGGUAAUGAUCCGAAUAGCGUUGUGUCUGCGGGGUUUUGGUUUCGUCUUUGCCAUGAUUGCGGUUGAGAAGACCCAAGGCCUUGUCGGCGGCGAAGACUUCCUCUACUUCGCCUACGGGAGUAACAUGCUGCAGGGGCGGCUGCAGUUGCUCAACCCUUCAGCGGUGCGGGUGUCGGUGGGCUGCUUGAAGGGCUAUAAGCUUGCAUUUGGCCAUAAGAAUACGAGUGUAACCCGGUGGGGAGGAGGUGUUGCCACUAUUAUUCCAAGUCCUAAUGAUGAAGUAUGGGGAGUUAUAUGGCGCUUGAAAACCAAUGAUCGACAGUCUUUGGAUGACCAAGAAGGUGUUCAGGGAGGGAUCUAUAGUCCAAUGGAGGUUAAAGUUGAGCAGGAAGAUAUGGGAGAAGAAAUUAUUUGUCUGACAUAUCAGAUGAAUCAUUUUAAUUCCUCCCUUGCAUCGCCACUUUACAAAGAGGUGAUCGUCAAAGGUGCAAGAGAAAGUGGGUUGCCUGCUGAAUAUAUUAAGAAGCUGGAUACUAUAUUGACUAAUAAUUACAAUGAAACUACUCCAUUUACAAUUCAAAUUAUUGCGAUUUUGCAUCAAGAACAAAACAAUACAUCCAUAUAAAAUAUUUUUUUGAAAAAUUAAUUGUUAUACAGGGUAUAUCUUAAAUUUGCUCAGCUCAGAGGAUUAUGUUGAAUUGAGUUUGGAGAUCAAAAUUUUAUAAAUUUAGAAAUUGGACUGAUUGAGAAUUAUUUCAUGAUUUUACUUUUUUUGCACAUCUUGAUUUUCAUUGAAGUUGCGGAGCUUUCUAAAUCACCUUUUCCCUGUCUAAUAUUUUUAAUUAGUAUCUAAUGAUUUUUGUGCUUCAUAUAUAUUAAUAUGUUGUACUUAGAAAAAUUAAGCAUUGUAACUGAUUCCUUGACCUUUUAUUGUAAAGCACAUUUUGGCAUUGUCCAGUCAUUUUCCAAUAAAAUAUCCAUCACGGGUCAAUAGACUAUUCAAUGAACUGGAGUGUGGAAGCGACAGAUAUCCAGUCUUCCCUAUUACUGCAUAGGCAAAUUCCAAGAUAAACUGCGUAAGCUUCAGAUUAGUUCACACUCUUCCCAAAAAAAAACUGCUGUGUAAGUUAUUUUUACUUCUAUUGUGCCAUAUAGCACAGCAGUCGUCACAUUAUUUAGGAAAAUAUUAGCAUUAGUCAUCAUUAUGAUCUGUGAUUUUUGUGCCAUCAUUGAUGGAUUGGGUUCCUUUUUGCAAGUUUCAUCAAUAAUUGUUAUUGAAUUUCUGGGGAACUUAUUAUGAUUCAAGCCGACGUUCAAAGGACUCUAGUAAGAUAUUAAUAGCUAUACAGCAUGGGGCUCCAAGCAACUUUG